AUGGACAAGCUGACAGAGCAACCAGACCAAAACAGAGCCAGGCGAGGUGCGUUUUCUGGACCCUCAAGUUCCGCAGCAGCAGCGGAGACAACGACACCAACACCAACAUCAACUACACCAACUUCACUAACUACACCGACUACACCAACUGCCCCAUCGCCAUCUCACACGCAAGCACAGCCCUCCUACAGCACACUUCAUUCAUCGCAUCAUGAGGAGGGUACCGCGUACGUCCCUCAAUAUAGAGAUGCAACCAAUGGCUCUCAUGACGAGGUCGAGUACCACCCUUUUACCGCCCACGACCCCCUCUACUACCACCCUCGAUAUCGCAGAGUCGUGACCUGGAGGCAGCCAACAGCAACCGUCAUCCCCGCUCAUGAUUCGAUUCCCCUGCCAGACCACCCUCGGGAGACUCGCGCUCCUCCUCACCCUCCCUCUCCUCCCCCCAUCCCCACGGAUGCUAACUUGAUGCCUCCGCCUCCUUUUCCCCGCCGUCUCCGUCCCCAGCCCCCGCAGCCCCCUUCCAUCCUGAAACCUCCAACCAGGACCGACAGGGAGACCCUGCAGGGCAAUCUCUGGGCCAUGAUGAAGCUCGCCGAUCGCGAGCUCACCGCAUGCCAUGAAAUCCUGGAGGCCACGAGUCAGCAGUGCCUGCAGCAUCUCUUCGAGAUCGACGAAGGCUUGAAAUACCUCGAUGCGCUGUUCCAGGAGGACGAGCGGCAGGCGGACAUGCUGCGACGGUAUGGGAGGCGCCACGAGCGCUCCGCUCAUUGCCUGGCGAAUGGGGAUGUUCAUUUCUGCGCGUAUCGGUACGGCUGCGGUCGUGGGCCCAGGAGCACUCGGAAUGAGCGGAGGACAGCAGGUAUCAGUUCACCCUAUCGUGGUGGCGGUCAUCAUGAUUGGCAGAAUCGCCAGCGCGGCUUGGACCGUACCGUUGCCAGUGGACGGGUGGUAAAGAUGAGGAAGAAGUCGGACAGUAUGACUGGGAUCGCGGCUCGAAUCAAGCUUGAGUACGAGGACUUGAAGAACCGCCUUCCUCGCCGUAGACGAGCGGGAGACGAGGACGAGAAUUGGGGCGGGAUUGAGGGUGAGAAAACAGAGAUUGAGACAGAGGAGGAGGAUGCGGACGACGAUGAUGAUGAAGAUUACUAUGAUGAGGACGACAACGAGGAUUGAUCGAAGCCAAGUCUCCAAGGAAUGAG